UUGUGUCCUUCUAAAGUCUUUUGUUUAGCUAAGUGUAAGUUUAAGCCUGAAAGUAAUUUCAGCUUUCUCAGGACCCCAGUGCAUUCCUUGCAUUCAUCCACAUUUGGCACACUGAUUGGUCCAUCAAUUAAUCUGUUGAACUUUUGCAAAUUCUCCAGAUAUGGAAUAUCUGUAAAAAAAAAAUGUAAAUAAAUGUUAAACACAAAAACUUGGCUUCUCUUUGAGGUUUAUACCAGUCCAGCCUGAGUUGGCUAUGAGAUGAAUGUCUUUUUGGGGAGUGAAAACAACUUAAAAAACAUUCUUCAUAUAUUCUGUUUUUCCAAUUUAUUUUGGGGUUAUGCAUAAUUAAUAAGCACUAUUAAGCACUUUACAUCUGCUGGUCUUCUCAUAUUCUUUUGUCUGUCCUUUUUCAAACCCAUUUUUAAACUCUUCUUUCUCAGCAUGUAGCAUACCAGGCAUGUUAGCAUCUGGGAAGUAAGGUUGAUGUAUUGAUAUUGUAUCAUAUAUGUUCAUUUACCAGAUACAUGGUCAGAUCAGUUAAUGAUGUAUAGAAGUUACAGUCCAAAGGGCAAGAGAAUUCCUGAGCCACCACAGAAGCCUAGCUCACACCUUGUCAGACCACAUUCCUUUGAAAGGCGCAUGUUAGGUUAAUCUCCACCUCUUUGAUCUUGUCAUUGUCAAUUCAACCAAUAUUAAGACCUAUGCCAUGUUAUGUAUUCAUUGAUCACCUCCCAAUCCACAUUCCUAAAACCCCCAAUAAAUACUGGGGAAGAAGCGUGAAAGAGAAGCGGGAAUCUCUCUCUUACUUCCCUGUAUCUUCAAAGUGCUCUAUCCUAUCUCUCGCUACUGAUCUCUCUUUCCUCCUGAUUCUGUCGCCCCCAUGCUUCCUAUUUAUGCUUGGACUCUCUUGUUCAUAGGAGGCAUUAAGGAGUUGUUACUCCCCACCUGUUUUCUCAUUCUUCAUGUUUCCCUUUAAUUAAUUAUCCAAGGGAAAUAUUAAGCAGUUUGCACCACUCCCCAUGUGUUUUAACUUCUUGUUUCUGAGUCUUUAUUAUUCAUCUAUUUCCUUAGUCUCCUCUCUCAUUCUCAGGUUAUUACCCACAGGUAAAAAUAUAUAGGGACUCCAGGCUGGUCCUUAUACAGCAGACCACUAGCACAGUCAGAAUAACUUGAGAAGCACCACCAAACAUAUCAGGGACAAAACUCUUGUCCCCAUCAGUUAGCACCUAGAAUGGUGAAGUACUUCUUUUCUGUUUCCAAGAAGGCAGGUCCACUUGUGCUAUGACACAUACAAAAUUUCUCUCUUUCGCUGUAGUUUUACUCAAUUGUUUUGGUCAAAUACAAUCAUUUUCUUUCAAUAACGUACCUUUCACAAUCUACUGCCCAAUGAAUUCUCCAUCAACGUGUUCUUUAUUAGGAAUAACUAGCAGUGAUAGGAGAGAUUAGAUAUUUCUUGUCCCUCCUCUAUUGAUUUUUCAGGUUCUCCAUCUGCUAGAGCCACUUCCUGGUUCUGCUUACUGGGGUCUUCGUGUUCUUGGCUUUUCUGAGAACAUCAUCGUCUCUCCAUUUUCUAUCACAGAUUCUGAAACUUCCACACUAGUAUCUGGAUUUAACUUUCACACAACACUGACUGUUCUUGGAAAGGUCACAUGGGUGCUUUGAGGCCAGCAGGCUCUCUCCUCACAUGCCUCCGUUUUCCUUAAGUCCUGGUAGUUCUUUACAAUCAUUUCUUGACCUUUUGGAGUCAAUGCUGCUCCAAGGCAGAAGAGUGGUAAGGGCUAGGCAAUGAGGGUUAAAUGACUUGCCCAGGGUCACACAGCUGGGAAGGGUCUGAGGCCAUAUUUGAACCUAGGACCUCCCAUCUCUAGGCCUGGCUCUCCAUCCACUGAGCCACCCAGCGGCCCCCUCUUUACCAAUGAAAAUUUGUGUAGAAAACCACUCCUUUCGGGAUCUAUCUGGAAUUCUUCCCGGAAUCGAUGCCCAACUCGGGGGCUCGCAGUAGGCAGAAUCUGUUCUUUUUCUGUCCGUCUGUCUCGGUCGCUCCAUUUUGCCUCAUGCCAAGAGCUCGCCCUUCCACUCCCCGGAGAUGGGAUUUCAGGAGGCCUGGCAUUCCUCCGGGCGGCAGGGGGCGCACUCCCGGCCUCGGGCGUUCGUCUCCGGGAGUCAUUCAUUUCCAGAGCAAAGCUCACCUUCCCUACGACGGGCUCCUUCUGGGACCUCCUCUCCUAGCCGCAAAAGCUCGGGUCUUAAGACCUUUAAGCGGCCCGGAGGAGGGAAAGAAGCCCGCCCCCCGGCGCCUCCGCAGGCCACGUGACAGGCAGUCACGGCCAGCCUUAGAAACGCCAUUUCCGGUUACUGGAUUCGCGGUCACUUCCUGUCCAUCGGGUCAUGCGUCACUUGUGCGCGUCUCUCGCGUCCCGUAGGCGCCUCUUGCUCCAGUCUUGGGCCGUCUGGGCUCCGUUUCGCCUUCCGCAGCCGGCACCAGACUGCGAAUCCUGCGUUCCGGGUCCCAGGCAGGGGUGAAUUGGCGCCGGAGCCCCGCCCCCCCAGACUCAGACCUGGCGCCUAGCCUGGGCUGCGGAACUCUUGGAGGGCGAGGGCUAGAAGCGCGCUUGCGCAAUUCGCUCCGCCUCCCGAAGGCUUGGCUCUUCCCCCGGGAGGAGACUGGCGGAGCUCAGCAUGGGCCCCGGGGUCCCGGCCGCCGGAACCUGCCAGGCGUCCGUGACCUUCAAGGACGUGGCCAUCGACUUCACCCCGGAAGAGUGGAGACGCCUGGACGCCUCCCAGAAGGAGCUGUACAGAGAGGUGAUGCUCGAGAACUACAGCAACCUGGUGUGCCUAGGACUCGCAGCCUCCAGACCAGCCCUGAUCUCCCGUCUGAAGCAAGGGAAAGCACCCUGGGCAGCCAAGAAGCACCUCCAGGCGGGCCUGUGGCCAGAUUGUGAGACUGAGAUUGAAACAAAGGUGUCAGCUAUAAAGCUGGAUAUUUCUUUAAACGAAUCAUCCUCAGAAGGAAUCACAAAGCAUUAUUCCUGUGUCACCAAGUUUGGAAGAGUUUGGCAAUGUUCUUCCAGUUUAGGGAAACAGCGGAACAAUAAGGAGGAAUAUGUUAAGCCAAUAAAAAUCUCUAGGAGCAAAAUUUCCAGUAACGUGAGAAGUCAUGAAUGUUACGAACAUGACAGAAGCUUAAGUCCAUCAUCCAUCCUUUUUCAACAAAGAGUUUCUCUGGGAGAGUGUUCCAAUCAAUGUGAUACUCAAAGAAACAUCUUCAGAGUGUGUUCAGACCCAAAUAUGUGUAAUAAAAUUGACUCAAAGAAGACACUUUGGAAACCUAAUAAUUGUGAGAAGUUUGUCACUCACAAUUCUGGCCUUAAUGAGUAUGAUAGAAUACAUGCUGGUGAGAAACUUUAUGAAUACAAGGAAUGUGAAGGAGCUUUAAACCAGAGUUCAUCCCUUGCUGUGCCUCAGACAAUUCAUACGACAGAGAAGAUUCACAAACAUAAUGACUAUAAGAACUUCCCCUGUAUUUCAGAAUUUGAUGAACGAGCAAUUGAUGAUGAAAAGAAAACCUAUCAAUAUAAUGAAUAUGGGAAAGCCUUCCAUCAGGAAACAGAACAUACACCAAGCCAGAGAGUUCAUUCUGAAGGGACAUUUUAUGAAUGUAUUGAAUGUGGGAAGGUCUUUGCUUGGAAUUCAAGACUUGCUUUACAUCGACGAAUUCACACGGGAGAAAAACCUCAUGAAUGUGGUGAAUGUGGAAAGGCCUUCAACCAGAGAAUACACCUUACUCAACAUCAGAAAAUUCAUACUGGAGAAAAACCUUAUGAAUGUAAUGAAUGUGGGAAGAAGUUCAACCAGAAAAUACACCUCAUUCUGCAUCAAAGAAUUCAUACGGGAGAGAAACCUUAUGAAUGUAAUGAAUGUGGAAAGGCCUUUCGCAGGGGAGAACAACUUACUCGACAUCUGGUAAUUCAUACUGGAGAGAAACCUUUUGAAUGUAAUGAAUGUGGAAAGGCCUUUUGCCAUAGGAUACAACUUUCUCAACAUCAAAGAAUUCAUACUGGAGAAAAACCAUUUGAAUGCAAUGAAUGUGGAAGAGACUUCAGCCGGAGCACAUACCUCACUGAACAUCAGAGAAUUCAUACUGGAGAAAGACCUUUUGAAUGCAGUGAAUGUCCUAAAGCCUUCCGUUGCAAAAGACUACUUACUCAGCAUCAAAGAAUUCAUACUAGAGAAAAACCUUAUGAAUGCAGUGAAUGUGGCAAGACCUUUUGUCAGAAAUCAGGACUUAAUCAACAUCAAAAAAUUCAUAUUGGAGAGAAAAAUCUUAUGAAUUUAAUAAACAUGGGAAGUUCUUAAGUCUGAAUAUCAGAAAUAUUGUUAGAGAAAAACCUUAUCAAUGCAAUAAUAUGCAUGCAAAUGAAUAUGGCCUUGCCAUAUUCUUUAUCUUUAUUCAACCAUACUGGAGGAAAACAUUAGAAAUGUAAUGAACAGGAGAGCUCAACUUAUUUUACAUCAGAGAAUUCAUACUGGAGAAGGAACUUACUAAGUUAUGGCUUAAGAAGAUGAAGUCAGAAGUCAGAUUAGAAAAUUUUAGAGUUGGAAGGGAUCUCAGCAGCCAUCUCAUCUGGCCUAUAUCUGAAAGGAUUCACCACUAUAACUAUAACGUACCUGAAGAGUGGUUGUAUAUUGAUAUUGUAUAGUGUUUUGAUAACUUCGAAUUACCGGGGGGAAUUCAUGACUUGUGGUUUACCAUUCUACUUUUGGACAGAUUUCUUUGUAAGAUGUCUCUUUACUGGCAUUAAGGCUAAAUUCUCAUCUUUACAAAAUUAGCCCAUUGCUUCUUAAUCAGUCCUUGUAGACCAGAACAAGUAAUCAACUAUCUACAUUAUAUCCUUCAAAUACUUUAUCUGAAGUGGCAAAUUAGCCCAGAACCUUCUCCAGGAUAAAUACCCUAAGGUUUUUUAAUCUUUCUUUAUAUAACAUUGGUUAAAGGCUCUUUACUCUUGUAAUUUUAUCUCCUCUAGAGGCUAUCUUAAUAUCCUUCUGAAGCUAUGGCACUGAGAUCCAAACUGAGUCUUCCACGUAUGGUUCAACUAGGACUUGAGAACAGAACUAUUAGUUUUUUAUUACUCUGAAAUAUUACUCUUAAUAUGACACAAAAUAUGAUUUUGAAACUUCUAAAUCGCACUACUGACUCAUUUUGAGUUUAUAGUCUAUUCCUAUUCCCAGACCUUUUUUUCAUAAACUGCUAUUCAGCCAUGCCAUCUCCAUUUUGCUUUUGAGGAAAAAUCUUGAAUUUAAGCAAAGCCUUUACAUUUAUGUCAGUUUAAUUCCACAUUAGUAGAUUUUGCCCAGUUUUCUACACUUAAAAGACAUUUUUGAAUCUUGGCAUUGCUGUUCCCAUGUCUUGGGUCUCCCUCCUUGCUUUCUUUAACUUAAAGAUUUGAUGAGACAUUUCAUUCAUCAAAUCUGUUCAUUGAAAAUUUAGCAAUGCCAACUUCAAAAGUAAAAUAUUACUCUCAAUUUUAAUAUUCAAAUUAUGUACUACAAAUGAUUUCAUUCAAAUUUAAUAGGCCUUUGCAUUUCAAAACUUAUUGAUUGAAACAAAAUAUCCUACAUGUAAAUGUUAGUAAACUAAUAAAGCAUUAGAAAAUACUGAAACUUUUAUGACUUGACAACAUUCAUCCUGUUCUCUUAAAACUACUGUUUGAAUUUUUGUGAUUCCAAAUAUCUAUUUCACUCUGGAAGUCCUUGAAGCUAUAUAAUACUGUUGUGAUCUCUGCAUAUAUCUUUGGCUUUUUUUCUCUUUCCAUUUGAUUCUUAAUUCUGUUCUGUAGGGUGUUGUUUUUGUUUUUGUUUUGCAAAUAUUUCCACAAGACCUAAGAUUAAGAUGACCAUUUGAAAGAUAGUAGAGGAGCCCAGUUCUCCCACAUAUGCUGCAGCAGUGAUUUUAAAAUGGCACCAGAUGCAAUGAUUGAUAAAAUCAAAGAGAAAUAGCAGCAACAUCCUCCUUGGCUCAGCCUGUACUAAAAUGUGGCCAAAAGACUAGGAGUGAUGAGAGAAAUUCACCAGGAAGCCAACAUGAUCUUAUAUACCAGUGCCUGAAGCCUAUGGAUACUCUACAUGGACCCAUCAGAGGAAAAGUCAGUUUAAGAACUUCUAGUUCUAAAAGGUCUCAAGCCAGCAGUAAUCAGCCCUACAUAUCAAAACAGAAUCAAUGGAGAGAAACAGAUACCAGAUAUUACUACACUGGAAAACUGGCUUGCCUUGCUGUCCCUCAAAGCACUGGAAGUGAAAGAUAAGAACAAUUCAGACAAGUGCUUUGAAAUGAGUUUAGCUUAGAACAACAACAAAAAAACAAGUUGUAGGUUCUCUACAAAGUGUAAUGGAGGAAGUAGAUCUUAAUUCACAAGAUGGCAAGAUAUAUUAGAACAACAUUUCAAGACUGGGAGGGAAAAUAAACGUGUUGAGUAUCUACUAUCAGAGAUAACUGACUUGGAAAAUAGGUUAAGAAGAAAGACUUUAAGAAUCAUCCAAUAUUCUGAAGACCAAACAAAAAUCCUGAAAACUAUUUCAAGAAGACUGCCCAGAUCUGUGUAUCAGAGGGAAGCAUCAGAUUAAACUAAGCUGCCAUUAAAUAACGAGCUAUGAUGUUCCUAAAGAUACAAAUUUACAAUUAUGGUAACUAUCCUGAAAAACUUACAUUGUUCUAUAAGAGAAGACAUCAAACAUUAAUAGAAUAGAAGGUAUCUGAAAUCAAGAUAAGCCAAGUAAGAUAAAUGUGCUUGAAAACUGAAGUUCCAAAACGGUGAUGAAAUGCUUACAAUCAGAUAGAGAGAAGGACCUUUCAGGAUCUUGAAGCCUUCUAGGGCUACAGAUAAAGGUCCCUUUGCGAUUUGUAUUGUUCUAUUUUGUUGUUUUGACAGUUUUAAGAGAUGAAGGAAAGAAAUAUACUAUAAGAGAAAUAAGGAAGAAGGGGAAACUAGUAGUUUGUUUAAAUGAGAUUACAGAAGAAGAUAGAAACAGGGUAGAGGGAGGGUCAGACCCAAGUUUCAUCUGAACUGGAAAUGGUGUUGAGCCAGAAAAAUGUAAUUUUUCGUAGAAAUACAUAAAACUCAAGAAAGAAGCCAAGAAUAUAAGCCUUUUUCUUCAAAAAAUUCUUUAUUAGAAAGGGUGAUUGAGUUGGGUGGUGAGGAAGGUACAGGUGAAAGUUUAAGUGGUGUAAAAAUUUUUAAACAAUUUAAAUAACUAGAAUAAGGGAGAUCUUUUUAAAAAAUGGAAACAAAGCAAAUAAAUAGAUCAGUGGAACAGACUAGACAAGGAAGAAACAAAUAAUAGAACUUGGGCUAUAAAUAAAUCCAGAAAUCUAUUACCUAGGAAAGACCUCCCUAACUGCUGGGGACAUUAGGAAGUAUUCUGGCAGGAAUUAGACCAACAUUUUGUACUGUAUUUCAUAAUUUCAAAAUAUAUUCAUGAGCUGAAUAUUUAGGAUCAUAGAAGGAGGAGCAAUUCAUAUGCCUUUCGUAGCAAUGACCCAAAAUUGGAUUCCUAACCAAAAAAAGCACAGACAAUUAUUUACAUUAGAUCAUUUUGCUUACAUGAAUUUGAAAAGCUUUUGCAUAAAUAAAGUUAACAUCUUAAGGAUAAGAGACCUGUCAACUGAUUGGAAAUCUUUGUACCAUGUAUCUCUUGCUUGACAAAUGUUUGAUAUUCAAGAUAUCAGUAACAAAUACAUAGACCAAAAGCCAUUUCCAAUAGUUGUCAAAGACUAGAAAUAAUUCUUUUUAAAAAAAGACAUCGCUAGCUAUUAGCAGUCAUAGGAAAGAAUGUUCCAAAUCACUAAUAAUAAAGAUGCAAAUAAAACUA